GCGGCAAUCUCCCGCCAAGGCGAAAAAGUCGAGGAGAGCACUCGUUGGCGGCGCAGCCCCUGCAGAGGCUAAAUCACAACCCAAAGCGUCCUCUAGCAAAGCCACGAUCGACGCUCCCAAGAAACAGCCGUCAGCGGAGCCGCGAGCAGAAGAAAGUACCUCGGGAGACGAAGAUGCGGAAGAUCAAGGGCCUGACGGACGUCCAGAGAAUGAAUCAGACGGCUCUGACCCCGAACAGGAAGAUUAUUCGACGAGUCUCGUUCACGAAUCAGUGACAGUCGGCGGGAAAUCCAAGACCAUCUCCGGGAAGAUAAAAUACGUGCCUCCGGAAGAGACGUCUGAGCAGCGAGAUGCGCGGACGGUAUUCGUCGGGAAUGUCCUUAUGGACAUUGUAAAAAGCAAGCCAAUGCAGAAACAGUUCAGCCGGUAUAUCCUCUCUUUCGUCCCGGAUGCAAAGAUCGAGUCUAUCCGCUUCCGCUCUGUCGCCUUCCAAAAGCCCACGACCGAGCUUCCUGCUGAUAACCCAUCAUCCAAAUCGAUGUCCAAGGAAGGCAGGCAGCACGACCGUGACCGUGCCGCGUCAUGGCGGGCCUCUAAGGGGAAGGACGACGACGAGGAAGCUGCGCCGGCAAAGACCUUCCUCACACCCAAGGAGAAAAAGCGCAUUGCGUUCAUCAAGCAGGAGAUUCACUCUGGUGUGGACUCCGUGAACGCCUACAUCGUCUUCGCACAUCCUGUCCCUGCGGAGAGCAGACCGAAGAACCUUCCUCCGCUGAAACCCAUCAUGGAUCCGUACGAGGCUGCGAAGGCCGCCAUCAGAGCCGCUGACGGUUCGGUGUUCAUGGACCGGACUUUACGCCUGGAUUUGGCAGCGAAGGGCAAGGGCAAGGCGAGGGAGAUCGUUAACGCAGAGUCGCCAGACGACCCGAAAGCGACCAUUUUUGUUGGCAAUCUCGACUUUGCGGCGAAGGAAGAGGAUGUCCGAGUGUUCUUUGAGGGCUUGGUGGUGACUGAGAGGGGCGAGCCUACCGAGAUACAGGCAGAGGAUGCGGAGAGGAGCGACGAGAAGGCGUGGGUGAAGCGCGUGCGACUCAUCCGCGACAAGGAUACCCUUCUCGGCAAGGGCUUUGGCUAUGUUCAGUUCAUGGAUCGUGAAUGCGUCGACGAGAUUCUCGCAUUAGAGCAAGACCGCCUAAAAUUCGCAAAGCGCAAGCUGCGCGUACAACGUUGCAAGACACUGCCCGGCGCCUCAAAGGUGGCACCCGCUAGGCCCUCUGCCCAGACAAAGACUGUUGUUCAGACUAAGGGCACAAGCCAGACGCGCUCACUUCCCGCCGCGCCCGCACCGGUGCCAAAGGGCGACCCAAGUCUCGGCGCGAAACUUGCAGGCCUAUCGAAAGAGGAGCGCAAGAAGCUCAAGGCGACGGACGCAGACCGCGUCGCGCGCAGGUUGGCGAAGAAGAAGGCGAAGGCGCUCGCAGACCACGGCGUGAAGGCGCGCGAGAGCACGAAGGAACGUGUGCGGGAACGCAAGCGGCCAAUGGACAAGAGCGGCGCCGCGGAGAGCAGUAAGAGCAAGAAGCGGGUAAGGAGUAGUAAAGCAUUAGCGAAGAUGAAUAUGAAGAAGUGACUAUUGCUGACUGGUACAACUGGCUCCCUAUGUCGGUGCGGCAAUGCACACCCAUCGUAGUCAAUUCUUCUAUUCG